GAAUCUAACAUGGACGACGGUGUCACACUCUCCAGACAAAAUUUCAAAUAAUGACAGCAUACAGCAUUUCAAGGACAAAUGAAAGCCUCCACUAGGGCACUGCACGUAUCUAAAUUUAUGUAAUUAUCUAUCCAACCCUGGCACUGGAGUACUCUAUUCAUAUCACACCUGACCAUAUGGUGUUGAACAAUGUGACCCAUAUAGGAUCUGAGUCUGGUACGGUAAUGAAAUACCUGAGUAUGAUGUCUGUAACCCUGAGUUCAUACAUUCUUUAACCAUGGUGUUAAACUAUUCUGAACGGUUCUUGGAAAGUCUGUACCAUUUGUGGGAGGAUGAAGUUUUCUGUGACAUUCGUAUCCGAGUUGGAGAUCAAAUAUUCCAGGCCCACCGCAUUGUGUUGUCUGCAGGGUGUGACUACUUCAAGGCCAUGUUUGAAUGUGGACUGAUGGAGCAGAAAGCUGACUGUAUAGAAAUUCAUGAUAUGGAUCCACUGGUGUUUAAAAACCUCCUAAAUUUUCUCUACACAGGGAAAGUUUACAUCAAGGAAGACAACUGUCAGGACCUCCUUGCUGCAGCAAACAUGUUUGGGCUACAGGAGAUAAUUGACCUUUGUUGUGUGUUUCUGAAACAAAAGCUCCACCGUGAAAACUGUCUAGGUAUUUACCAGUUCGCAGAGACACUUGCAUGUGAGGAACUGAAGAUGGAUGCUGAGAAGUUUAUCAAUAACCACUUUUUACACCUGUCAAAGGUGGAGGAAUUUACAUGUCUACCUGUGGAUUUACUUGUUAAGCUCCUGAGAAGCGAGUAUUUAUGUAUAGAAGAAGAACACCAGGUGUUACAAGCGGGGCUGAACUGGGUCCUUCAUGAUCCAAGCAGUCGUAGGAAGUAUAUUUUUGAUAUUCUGCAUCAGGUUCGAAUCCCAAUUAUUCCAGAGAAACAGCUUUCAGAUAUUUUGGAUACCUGCAAUGAUUUAAGCACAAAAGUUGUCAUCCAAAAGUUUGUACAAGAUUUUCGUUUAGAGAGACAGGUUUCUUUAAAGUUGCAUCAAAACAGAAUUAAACCACACAUGCUUAACCCAAGGAAAUCUGCCAGGAAGAAUAUUUUUGUUAUUGGGGGAAAUAAACAGUCUGACGAAUGGAGAUGGAGCGAUGGUGUUACCGUGCCGACCGUAGAAAAGUUUGACACACUCACCAUGGACUGGACAAACAUGAGUGACAUGCAGUUUCCAAGGAGUAGUCAUGGUGCUGUGGUAUUGAACGGACAGAUAUACGUAGUAGGUGGAGAAAACGACUCAUUAAUAUGUGAUAAUGUGGAAUGUUAUGACCCAGCCGCUGACAAAUGGAGUUCCCUCCCUUGCCUAAACUAUCCACGAUGUGGUCUUGGACUGUGUGUUGCUAAUGAAUGUAUCUAUGCCUUUGGAGGCUGGGUGGGGGAGGAACUCGGUGACAGUGUGGAGAAGUAUGACCCAGAGACAAAUAAGUGGAUCAUUGACUGUAUAAUGCCCACACCCAGGCAUGCUAUGGGUGUCCUGGAAUGUGGAGGCCUGAUCUAUCUGAUUGGAGGGUUGGAUGCAGAUGAAACUGACCUAACAUCUGUGGACAGUUUUAACCCGGUUACAAAGGAGUGGCAGCAACUGCCACACCUCAAGGUCGAGAGGUCACACCUGGGGGUGGCUGUGUUGGACAGAGUUCUUUAUGCGAUUGGUGGAUUGAACCACUCUGAGGGCGAUCUCAUGUCUGCAGAAAGAUAUGUUCUUGACUCUGAUGGCUGGGAGGAGAUUGCUCCUCUAUCUGACAAGCGAUCAGCUCCCUGUAUGGCCGCAGUAAAUAGCCAUCUGUACGUGAUUGGUGGACAGAAGUGGACUGACCGAUUCUCCAGUUACAGACAUUACUGCAGUAACCCGGUAACACUGGACAGUAUGGAAUGUUAUGACCCUAGGACCGAUGUCUGGUCAAAGCUGCCCUACAUGCCUAUGGAUCGCUGUAGGGCAGCAGCUGUGGUACUCUAACUAUACUGCUAUUACCAUGGACUGUGGUACUCAUGCAGCUAGUUAUACUGCUAUUACUAUGGACUUAGUUCUCAUG